GAGCGGUCGAUGGCGAUGGAGUGCUCUCGACAUCUCCUUCGGCCUAUGGCUGCAUCCCCUGCCCUUUCUGCGGCAAGGGCGCAUUUCCUCGUGCUGUCGAAAGGCUCGGCGUCGUCCACAGCCACUGGUGUCCCCCGCCCAGCACUCGGAGCGCCAUCCAUUCUCCCCAGGCAGCAGCUCCAGUGGCGUUUCUUCAGCUCUGCUGCUGCGGUGUCAUCCAGCAGCCUUGAGGCGCGGUUCAACGAGAUGCUGGCGAAAGGCAACUUGCAGGCCAACGAAGCGCAGAAGGCGCUGGUCAAGAAGCUGAUGGCGCUGCAGGGGAGAAUAGACGCGCAGGGUGACGUGCCCGCCCCAGCGGCACCCGCCGACUUUAGUAGGACUUCGCUAGGAGGGAGGACCGCAGCAGGGGCGGCCCCUGCAGGAAGCGGCUCCUUCUUCGGGCGGCUGGGGGGUUUGUUCGGUGGCGGGGCGGUGUCCGACACAGUGGCGAAGGACAGUGCUGGUGCGGACGGUUUCGGUGGUAGUUUAUCAGUGAGUCCCGCUAUCAAGGGGCUGUAUAUCUGGGGCGGCGUUGGGCAGGGCAAGACCAUGAUCAUGGACAGGUGGGCCAAAGAUUGAUAGACAAGACACAGAAGCACCAAGGAGAGCGAGCGGCUCUCUCAUCCAUUCGUGCCUUCUUUCUCCCUGCUCCCCCCGUGUGUUUAUACAUACGUGUCUGUGGGUCGCUUCAUGGUUGGCUGAUACAUACAGCUUUUAUGACACGACGCAUCUGUCGUCCAAGAAGCGCGUGCACUUCCACCAGUUCAUGCUGGACGUGCACGCCCGGCUGCACAAGAAGAAGGCGCAGAACAAGGCUGAGGGGCGCGCCGACGCCGACCCGCUCAUACAGGUGGCGUACGACAUCCGCAGAGAGGCCCAGCUGCUGUGCUUUGACGAGUUCCACGUCGUUCACAUCACCGACGCCAUGAUACUCAAACGACUCUUCGAGGGGCUCUUCCAGGUAGGGAGGUGAGGACAUUGGCUGCCUGGCUGCAUGGCUGCCUCGCUGCCUCGCUGCGUAUCGUCGAAUGAGUGCGACCAUCGAUCGGUUGUGUCUUGAUUCCUUCAGAGCGGGUGCAUUGUGGUGUCGACGAGCAACCGGCCGCCAGAUGAUUUGUACAAGGGCGGUCUGAAUCGCAGCCGAUUCGUGCCCUUCAUCGGUCUGCUCAAGCAGUGCUGCGAAGAGUUCCAAAUCGAAACCAACAAGGACUUCAGGUGACUGACUGAAACGGUGACCCACAGGAACAAGGCUGAACGAAUCAAUGAUCAGGUUGACGAAGCUCGUGGCGCAGCAUCACGGCCUCUACAAUGUGCCCAGCAGGUGUGUAAGGGAUGGACAGGGCCGGCCAUCAAUCACAUGACAUCUGCUGCUCUUGAUUGACAUCCGUGCUGCAUCCAUCGUAUGUGUCAAUCGUGUGUGUCAGGUCUGAGGAUGAGAUCCUCAAGCACAUGCAGUACCUGACCAGGGGGCACCAGCUGGAGGAAGCGGAAAUCGACGUCAUGAUGGGCAGGACCCUUAAGGUCACUCAACACACACACACACACACACACACACAACUCCAGCCCUCAGUCACCCAGCCAGCCGCACAUGGUACGUAUGUACACAAGCUCUACCAACUUGCCUGUGUGUCUUGUCUGUCUGUCUGUCUGUCUGUCUUCCCAUGCACCAGGUGCCUCAUCAAGCGUCCGGGGUGGCUCACGUGACCUUUCCGGCCCUCUGCGCGACGAGUGUCGGUGCGGCCGACUUCAUAGCGUUGGCUUCGACCUAUCACACAGUGUUUCUGAGUGACAUCCCCAGCCUUGAGAACAUGGACGAGUCGCCCAACGAGAUCAGGCGCUUCAUCAACCUCAUUGACAUCCUCUACGAGAGGGGAUGCCGCGUCAUUUUCGACGCCCAACUCCCGCCAUUCAGGCUGUUCGGCACCACCCGGACCACUGAGGAAUUCGAGAAGCUGCGCCAGUGUCUGAAGAAGCGGUGGGAGCGGCUCCAAGACGCGCUCGACAAACUGGCAACGGUGAGUGAGUGAGUGGGGCAGAACGAUCUAUCGAUGGAUGGAUGGAUGUAUCUGUAUGUGUUGCACGAUGGGUGGUCUGGCGGGUGGUCUGGCGGGUUGCAUAUGUCAGCGGCCGAGCGCGGGUGAGCUCAAUCAGGAAGAAUUCGCCACUGCGGUCGUCGACGUCAGUGGAUGCGAACCAAGGUCGGUGUGUGAGUGAGAGAGAGAGUGAGCGAGUGAAUCGGAAAGCGAGAAGGUCACUCAUUCACUCGCAGCACAUGCUUACAUAGUUGCUUUCAUGUUGGUUGAUGUAUGUCUCCCUCCCUCCCUUUUUGCCUCCCUUUAUGACCCACCCAGGUGUGCGCAGCACAUCUUUGAGGUGCUCGACACCAACCACGACGGCAAAUUGCACGUCGAAGCUCUCAGGUACACACACCACACCUCCAGUCAGUCAGCAAACGACUGGCCUCUCCCUUGGUUCCCUGCUUUCCCCGGUUGUGUCUGUCUGUCAGGUCUGCUUUGUUCUUCCACGCCAUGAACUACGACAUCCACCCGCCGUCCGAGACCGACGCGUGGUUCUUCGACAGAGAGAAGGCGGCCAACGAGGCCACCAGGCUCAGCGAGGGGCGCUCGGAGCGCAUCACCACCAGGGAAAUGGGACUCGGAUAUGAACUGUACAAGUAAGGGGCACCGACCGACAAACGGACGGACGGACCGUGGCCUGCCUACAUGCUUUGCCUUUUUGGUGCGUGUUGUGUGAUUGUGUACAGUGAGGGCGGGUCAUCAUCCAAGGAAGACAACAAGUUCGCCUUCGUCAGGACCGUCUCCAGGUAGGUGACUCACUCACAAUUACUUCAGAAACCAACAGCAGAGAGCACCGCUCCUCCCUCCCUCCCUCCCUCCCUGGGCCGUCCGUAUGUGUGUGUGUCAGGAUGCGUGACAUGAUCAGCCUACCGUACUUGCAGAAGCAUCAAAAGGAGUUCCACCUGGACGACCUCUCUCAGCUCGGCCUGAAGCGCCCCCAGCACGAUCAAACACCACCCCCACCAAGUGACGCCACCGAGGCAAUGAGUGAACCGAGACACAGGGAGAGGGACCACAGGCCCACGAGGCCUCCCAAAGAGCGGCCCGUCGACACACACGAGAGGCGGCCUUUUCCAGCAGAAGAGGGCACCUACCCACAGCCGGCCUUUGCCUUUUCGGGGUGAUUUACUGACUGGGCUUCUAGAUGUGUGUGCACCGGCUUUUUCUUUGGUUCUGUCUAUCUGCCUGUAAGGGGCUUUUUCGUCUGUACAGAUCGAUUGGUAAGAGAAGCGGGCGGGUUUUAAUGCGGGUAUCAUAUGCAUCCAUAGUGUGUCUGAUAAGGAACGGUCCGUGGCUGUAUGUGAUGGUUACGUUACGCUAGUAAGCAGGCUGAGGGGCAGGAGUGGGUCAUGACGUCUCACUCGCUCUUGGGAAUGCGGCGGCCCCUUUUUGAAGGCAUGCGCCUGGCGAUGAGUGAAUGGCUGUGCGUGUUGCGGGCGCGAUCCAAAGACUUUACUGGAGAAGCUCCCCUCAUUUUCAUUCCUCAACGCAUAGCAGCAC